GUGCUCACUCCCAUUGUGGGCCGGGUUCUGGAGAAGCCAAUCAGCGUCGCCGCGGUUUGGGAUAUAAAAAAAACUUCACUCACUAAGUCGUACUCAGUCUCCCCAGACCAGAGGAAGGGGCGGAAAAGAUAUGGUGGCCCGCACCCUCCUCUUGCUGCUGUGGGGGGCCCUGGCCCUAACCCAGACCUGGGCGGGCUCCCACUCCAUGAGGUAUUUCUACACCACGAUGUCCCGGCCCGGCCUCGGGGAGCCCCGCUUCAUCAUCGUCGGCUACGUGGACGACACGCAGUUUGUGCGGUUCGACAACGACGCGGCGAAUCCGAGGUUGGAGCCGCGGGCGCAGUGGAUGGAGAAGGUGGGGCCGGACUACUGGGAGCGGAACACGCGCAUCUGCAAGAACGCAGCUCACCUUAACGGAGCGAACCUGCACACCGCACUCGGCUACUACAACCAGAGCGAGGACGGGUCUCACACUUUCCAGUUGAUGUACGGCUGCGAAGUGGGGCCCGAGGGACACUUCCUCCGCGCAUACUGGCAGCUGGCCUAUGAUGGCACCGACUAUGUGGCCUUGAACGAGGACCUGAGCUCCUGGACCGCGGCGGACAUGGCGGCGCAAAUCUCCAAGAGCAAGUGGGAAGUGUCUCACAAGGCCGAGAGAGACAGAGUCUACCUGGAGGGGGAGUGCGUGGAGUGGCUGCACAAACACCUGGAGAUGGGGAAGGAGAUGCUGCAGCGCGCAGAUCCUCCAAAGUUACAUGUGACCCAUCACUCAAACUCUGAAGGAGAGGUCACCCUGAAGUGCUGGGCUCUGGGUUUCUACCCUGCUGAGAUUACCCUCACCUGGCAGCAGGAUGGGGAGGACCUGACCCAGGACAUGGAAUUUGUGGAGACCAGGCCUGGGGGAGAUGGAACCUUCCAGAAGUGGGUAUCUGUGGUGGUGCCUUCUGGAGAGGAGCAGAGAUACACCUGCCAUGUGCAGCACAUGGGGCUGCCUAAGCCCCUCAGCCUGAGAUGGGAGCCACCUUCUCAGCCCCCUGUCCUCACCAUUGUCAUCGCUGUUGGCCUGGUUCUUAUUGUAGUCAUUGGAGCUGUGAUUUGGGUGACAAAGAACUCAGGUAGGGAAGCAAGGAACUACAAUAAGGCUGCAAGUCAUGACAAUGCCUAGGACCGUGAUGUAUCUUUCACAGUUCCUAAUGAACUGAGACUUUUGGGCUGCCCCCCCCCCCCCAUCCAGGAAGAUAUACACAGAGAAAGAGAAGGUGAGACAUCGCAGCAACAAGGCCCAGCUACACACAUGGCAAGGAGCAUGCCCCACACAGUGAUCUGUUUUUCUAGUGCCCCCAUCACAUUUUCUUUCCUUUGAGAAUACAGACACAAACAGGAGUGGAAGAAAUUCUGCUUGGUUGAUGAAGAACUAUGUGCCUGCCAUGCUCAGAGCCCUGUUCUGAGAAAAGAGAUCGUUCUUCACGUUAUAGACUUCUUCAUGUGCCCUGCUACCCUAACCACAAUAUUUGAAGUUAGAAAUCAAUGUUAGCCAAGCACUCCAUCCAUGUACAUUUAAGGGAGUAACUCACAGAAAGAUGAGUUAGCUGCUCAGAUCUUCUUUAUUUAAAAAAAUAAAAUAUUUAUUUAAGAGAGAA